UCCGGACUGAGAAGUCACUGUGCGCAAAGGGAAACAGAAAACUUCCACAAGAGGAUUCACUCUGGAUCUUUUCGGGAUAAUAAUGAACUAUACGACGCUCCUGAGUGCACAAGUUCAAAAUACGGACUUUUGACUUCACUUUGGACCGGAGCCACGUUUUAAAAUUUACUGCAGUUCGCACAGACAUCUCGCUGCUCUACUGCGAUGUUUAAAAGAAACCAAGGCAUUUAGAAAGGUCUGUGGUGGGAUGGCUGAUGUGACACUUCCAGGCUGAGCAGCUCCUGUUUCCAGUGCUGUGACGCCCUCUGCUGUGCGGCUGAGGAAGAUUCAGGACUGGGAAAGCAAGGAUGGAGAACGUUAUCAAGGAGGGGAUGAACACUGUGAUCAUCAACCACUACAACCACUCGGGGAAGUUGGAUCGACCUCGCAACGGGGGCGUCUGCAAGACGGUGUUGCUGCUAAUCAUCUGCAUGCUCAUCAUUCUGGAGAACAUUAUGGUUCUGCUCGCUAUCUGGAGGAACAAGCGCUUCCACAGCCGAAUGUACCUGCUCAUUGGAAACCUGGCGCUGUCUGACCUUCUGGCUGGUGUGGCCUACGUGGUAAAUAUCUUUACCUCGGGGAGUAAGACCUUUUACCUGACGCCACAGCAAUGGCUGGCCAGAGAGGGAAGCAUGUUCGUGGCCCUCAGCGCCUCCACCUUCAGUCUCUUGGCCAUUGGUAUUGAGAGGCACAUGACAAUGGUGCGUCUGCGGCCCAAUGAAACAACCGGACGAGGAAGACUCCUGGUAAUGUUGGCAGCAUGCUGGGUUGUGUCUGUGCUGCUCGGGGCCCUGCCCAGUCUGGGCUGGAACUGCCUGAACAAUCUGGAUUCCUGCUCCACAGUUCUGCCACUGUACGCUGAAAGUUACAUCGCCUUCUGCAUUAGUGUCUUCAGCGCGCUGCUGGUUGCUAUCAUCAUUCUCUACAUAAGGAUUUACCGUCUGGUGACCUCCAGUGGCCGCAGGGUAAGCAGCCGGCCCUCAGACUGCUCCCUGGUCCUGCUGCGGACGGUUGUGAUUGUUCUUGGGGUGUUUGUCGUUUGCUGGACCCCCUUGUUCGUUCUGCUCCUGCUCGAUGUCGGCUGCAGCCCGCAAAGAUGCGAGGUCCUCUACAAGGUGGACUGGUUUAUCGCCCUGGCCGUGCUCAACUCUGCCCUCAACCCUCUGAUAUACACUCUGUCCAGCAGGGAGAUGAGAGGAGCUUUCUAUAAUUUACUCUGCUGCUCUCAAACCAGCAUGGAGCCAUGUGGGUCGCCCGCGUUGGGUAGCCCUCCCCUGGGCACCAUUAUCCCCACACUGGAAAAUAGCAAGACCAGUUUGGGUGGAGGUGGAGGCAGUGGGACUGGCAAGUCUGCUCUAAAGAGUCCUGCACCGACAAACUCUGACAAUAAACAUGCGGAUCCUUCUCCCACUACAGUGCUUCACACAACGGGGCCAGCGGACCUGCUCUCCGCUGUGCUUGUGAAGGCGGGGGCACUACCGUCCCUCAGCAAAUUCUGAGCGGUGUCACCUAAAAAAUAGACUAGUGUCAGACAUUACUUCACUAUCAGCCACUUUUUGUUUCUUUACUAUUGCUCACGUAGCUUAUAAAACUUAGUUUGAACGGAGAAAAUCACGUCGGUUGCUCAGACUACAAUAGAAAAAGCCCCAUAGGCCUCUACUAACACACAUGGUUAUAAAUAUCAAAAACCAAAACAGUGAACAAACUAUUAAGUUUGAUUUUCACAGUUCUAAAAGUUAAGUAACAUUUCCAACCAUCAGAUUCAACAAGAAAGUGUCAUGCAUGCCUUGAUCCAAUCUCUUCACCAUGCUUAUUGAACAAGCACAGGUCACAGCAGAUUUUACCCACCUUUCACAAUAUUUAUUCAUCAUUUCAUCAUAAGCCAGCAGCAUUCAAAUGGUGGAACUUUUUAAAUGUUUUAAGAAUUUUUAGAACAUCUGAAUUGUUCAUCACUUAAAUUCUUUACUAUUAACUUUUAUUGAAGAAGAGUCUUGUAUGUGUUCCCUACACUGUUAACCUAUAUAUGUUUUUUGUUUGUUUGUUUCGUCCGUUUGCUUAAGCCUAUUCUCAGAACCUGAGGGCUGUUUCACAAAACCUGGAUAGCGGAUUAAGCCAUGAGUUUCCAGAUAUCCUGGCUUAAUUAAGCUUAGAUUUGGUUUCACAAAAGCAGUAACUAAGAAGUUAUGGUGAUUUAUUCUGUGAAGCUAACCUGCUCCAGACCAGGCUAACACGUAGAUUAUAAUUCGUAGAUAAUAAUAUAUCUUUUUAGUUAAGGAUGGUUUGGAAACCAUCCUUAACUAAAAAGGAUGGUUUCCAUCCUUUUUAGGAUGGAAACCAUCCUAAAGUUGGGACUUACUACCACUGGGCUGCACAGUGGCGCAGUUGGUAGAGCUGUUGCCUUGCAGCAAGAAGGUUCUGGGUUCGAUUCCCAGC